AUGCCGUCUUUGCCGUGUGAAGAAGAAAAUGCAAGUGAAGAGGCUAACGAGAUGGCGUCGGAUCAUGCUGCGCUAUCAACUGUGGACGUGGCCCUUGCACUUCAGGAGAUACGGCAGGGGAAUCAAGCCCUCUCUCACAGGAUGGACAUACGGACGGCGGAGAUGAAUGAGUCUAUAUCUGGACUGACGGGCAUGCUUGAUGGGCUGACAUCUUGCGUCACCGAUGUGGAGGACCGUAUCGGGGCAGCGGAGGAUCAGCUAGCUGAUAUGAGCGCCGAGCUGCAGAAGCUAAUCAAAGACAACACGUUCUUACUGGAUAAAGUUGAAUCGCUCGAGAACUACAGCAGGCGUAAUAACAUUCGGAUCGUAAAUCUACGUGAAGGCUGUGAAGGAUCUGACCCGGUUUCAUUUUUUGCAAACUGGCUGCCAAAUAUAUUGGGCCGCGACUACUUCGCUAAACCUCUGGUGAUAGAACGAGCGCAUCGGACCCUCGCCCCGAAGCCAUCCGCAGGCGAGAAGCCGAGAGCAGUACUGAUACGCUUCCUGAGUUAUUGGAAUCGAGAGAAUGUACUUGGUAUCGUUGCCAAUCUGACCCAGGCAAAUAAAAGUCCCAUCUUGUUCGAGGUAGGGCUGCAACGAUUAGUCGACGUUGUGGACAAAAAUCGAUAA